GCGGGUGCCCGCCCCGGCUCGCCGCUGGGGCUGCACGGUCGCGGGCUGCGCGCGUCGGAAGGAGAUGCCCAGGGUCUCUGGGGCGCACCCUCGCGCCCUGCUUUAGAAGGCGCCCUGAGCAGCCACUCCCGGGCUCCAGCCAAGACACCCUCUCGCCUCCGUCCUUGCCGAGACCUCCGAUCCCAGUCAUUCUCCGAAGGGGUCCGGGCCCCCUUGUCGCUCCCCCAUGGCCAAGUCUCUGCUCCCAGUUGUCUGCUUCGCUCUGGUCGUGGCUGCGGGCUGGGGCUCCAGUACAACCCCCACGGGAACCAGCGAACCCCCACAUGUGCACACGGUGGCGCCCACGGAGGAUGAGACUUUGCAGAACGAGGCCGACAACCAGGAGAACGUGCUGUCUCAGCUGCUGGGGGACUAUGACAAGGUCAAGGCCGUGUCCGAGGGCUCUGACUGUCAGUGCAAGUGUGUGGUGAGACCCCUGGGCCGAGACGCCUGCCAGAGGAUCAACGCCGGGGCCUACGGGAAGGACGACUUCUACACGGUGGAGACCAUCACGUCCGGCUCGUCCUGCAAGUGUGCCUGCGUCGCGCCCCCGUCCGCCCUCAACCCCUGCGAGGGGGACUUCCGGCUCCAGAAGCUGCGGGAGGCAGACAGCCAAGACUUGAAGCUCUCCACAAUUAUAGACAUGCUGGAAGGAGCUUUCUACGGCCUCGAUCUCCUGAAGCUGCAUUCAGUCACCACCAAGCUGGUGGGGCGCGUGGAUAAACUGGAGGAGGAAGUUUCUAAGAACCUUACCAAGGAAAAUGAACAAAUCAAAGAGGAGGUGGAAGAAAUUCGAACCGAGAUGAACAAGCGUGGCAGAGAAAACUGCUCAGAUGGCGUCCUGGCUGGCAUGCCGGACAUUCGCUCAGUCCUGCAGAGGGACGCGGCAGCAGCCUAUGCCCACCCAGAGUAUGAAGAGCGUUUCCUGCAGGAGGAAACCGUGUCCCAGCGCAUCAACUCCAUCGAGAUCCAACAGACGCGGCCCCUGGCUCAGCCCGAGGUGGUGAAGCCACAGCGACCCCGGCAGAGGCAGAUCCACCUGCGGGGCCGGCCGGCCUCCAGGCCCACCGUCAUCCGGGGCUUCACCUACUAUAAAGCCAAGGUCCCCGAGGAGGAAAAUGACAUCGAAGAGCAGCAAGACGAGUUUUUCAGCGGUGACAAUGGAGUGGAUUUGCUGAUUGAAGAUCAGCUCCUGAGACACACCGACCCGCUGACCAGCACCCCCCAGAGGCCAACGGCUACUGCGACAGCCACCCCGGGCACUCAGACUGCGCCCCCAUCCUCAGCCCUGCUGCAGACGGCCACCUCAGCCCCAGGGAGCACCACGGACCCCGCUCAGUACGCAAGUGAACAGCUCUCGGCAACACCGCAGACCACCCGGGUGUCCCCAGACCCCACAGCGGAGGCAGCCACCACCGUGGCCCACACGGCCACGCCGCAGCCUCCAGCCUGGGCCUCUCCGGGGGCUGCUCCUGGGCACACGUUUGUGGACGCCACCUUGGCCCCGGUGCCUCCCAGCAUGGUGAGCACAGACCCUCUGGGGAACGAGACGACCGCUGGGCAGGGGGCGACCCCGGCCAGCCCCACCCUGAGCCCCGAAGAAGAAGAUGACAUCCGGAAUGUCAUAGGCAGGUGCAAGGACACCCUCUCCACGAUCACAGGACCGACCACGCAGAACACCUACGGGCGGAACGAAGGGGCCUGGAUGAAGGACCCCCUGGCCAAGGACGAGCGGAUUUACGUCACCAUCUAUUACUAUGGCAACACUCUGGUAGAGUUCCGGAACCUGGACAACUUCAAACAAGGCCGCUGGAGCAAUUCCUACAAGCUCCCCUACAGCUGGAUCGGCACGGGCCACGUGGUGUACAACGGCGCCUUCUACUACAACCGCGCCUUCACCCGCAACAUCAUCAAGUACGACCUCAAGCAGCGCUACGUGGCCGCCUGGGCCAUGCUGCACGACGUGGCCUACGAGGAGGCCACACCCUGGCGGUGGCAGGGCCACUCGGACGUGGACUUUGCCGUGGACGAGAAUGGCCUGUGGCUCAUCUACCCGGCCCUGGACGAGGAGGGCUUCAGCCAGGAGGUCAUCGUCCUGAGCAAGCUCAACGCGGUGGACCUGAGCAUGCAGAAGGAGACCACGUGGCGCACAGGGCUCCGGAGGAACUUCUACGGCAACUGCUUCGUCAUCUGUGGGGUGCUGUACGCCGUGGACAGCUACAACCAGCGCAACGCCAACAUCUCCUACGCCUUCGACACCCACACCAACACGCAGAUCGUGCCCAGGCUGCUGUUUGAGAACGAGUACGCCUACACCACCCAGGUGGACUACAACCCCAAGGACCGCCUGCUCUACGCCUGGGACAAUGGCCACCAGGUCACCUACCACGUCAUCUUUGCCUACUGACACCCUCGUCCCCACAAACGGAAGCACAGAGGGGCACUAGCACCUUGUGUAUGUGUGUGUGCGUGCGCAUGUGUGUGAGGAUGCGAGUGCACGUGGAUUGAAAUGUGGUGUUUAAAAAUAUAGAUUAUUUUGUAUAAUAUUACAAAUGUAAAAUGACA